AUGAGGUGUAACUCACUUAAAGUGACAGGAUUUUGUCCGCGGGCGGUAUGGGUCGGUGGAACGUCCUUAUGUCAGCGAAGUAUGAAAUUUCAAAAAUGUGUUAUGUGCAAAAUGUGGAAAAAAUCGCAGCUGUUCCAUGCUACGGACUUUCAAUCGCUUAUGUAUCCCUGCUUCACCUUUUGCCGCAUACUUGGAAUAUUUCCAUAUCGCAUCAACGCUUCAACUUUUGAAACGACAAAACAGCGCUGUGUUCUGACAACUGUCGUUACUUGUGUUUUCUGUAUUUAUGCACUAAUAAUGCUGUAUUGGAUUGACAUUUCUGAAGCAAUCAAGUAUAGGAACGUUCCUAUGCUUCUUGAACGCAAUUGUUUUUUUAUAUUAGGCGGCUUUAUCGUAGUUGUUACAUACAUUAUGAACGGUCCUCGGAUGCACUUACUCCAAAAUAUAAUAGAAAUCUCUUUGAGACUGUCUCCUGAUUCGUAUCGAAAGCUAUCUAGAUUGAUUCACACUAAAGAUAUUUUUGGUUUCUUUUUUGUAGUCGGACGAAUGGUAUUUUAUCAUUUUACAGUAGAUUUUGGUAACAUAGACACGAUUCUCGUACCGUACAUCACCUUGAUAAUAUUUCAAAUGGAUAUGUUGUAUAUGAAUUGUGUAUGCAUAUUAAAAGCUUGUUUUAAGAAAAUUAAUGAUAAUCUGACAAAUUUUCGAAAGCUCGUGGUGAACGACGAAUCACAUCUUUUGAGAAGAAUUUAUCACGAGCAAAGGAAUCCAUUCCUACUAAUGAAACUGAAAGCUUUGAAAAAAGAACAUUUGAUGAUCAGUGACGCAGUACACAUGUUGAAUACGAUUUUCAGUCUACAACUACUCGCUACUAUAGUUAUAACUUUUGCUGAGCUUACCUUUUAUCUAUAUUAUUUUAUAACAUUUUGGGGACUUGACAUGGGGAUAGAUCACGCGUUAUUUAAUGUAUUACUGGUAUCGUCUUUAACGUAUCAAUCCAUAAAAAUGUCAUUGAUUGGAUGGGUUUGUGAUACAGGCAAGGAUGAGGCCAUGAGAGUCGGUACCACUAUUCAUGAAAUACUGAACGACACUAUCGAUGAACAAAUCAAAGAUGAAUUGCAGCUAUUUUCCUUGCAAGUACUGCAACGAAAAAAUACAUUUUCCGCAAAAGGUCUUGUAUUAGACGCAACCCUUCUCGUUGCGAUAGUGAGUAACAUCACUACAUAUUUAUUAAUCUUAAUACAAUUUUUAAUUACCGAGAAAGUUUGCAAUGUAAAUAUUACAGGCAAUACCACAUAA